AUGCAAUACCGUACUCAGAUGGCAACAUCCUACUCUACCUUUACAAAUCCACAAUGUCGGCACACGUGUCACGUGCUGGUACUUUAUGCUUCCUCAAUUGCAUCUGCCGGAUGGCUGGAAUGGCAGGAACAAGAGGCCUCCUGCUCUGAGUUGCAUACGGGCAACAGAGUGGACGGCCCUCCUGGGCCAGACAACGCGGUAGAUGAUAGUGAGCUGGGUCAGUGCAGCCUCUAUGAGACAAGCAUUUCCGCUAUGAUACCACCCCUUACGACAGAUACCCCAGACACCCGGGACAGUGUCAAACAGAGCGCAGGCAUACAAGGGAACGAGUGUCAUAUGAAAAAAGAAGACACGGGUGCACAGGGAAAGGAUUGCAGCUGGACUAUUGACAGUGGAAGUAACGAUGGGAAGACAGACAAGGGCACAAGUCCAGUCACUUGCAGCCAAACGCAAGGAGAGGCCGAUGCUAUCAAUGGUGGCUACAGAAAUCAAUUGAGCAGUAAAAGAAUUUUAACCAAGACUGAGGAUGUUGCUGAAGGUAGUACAUAUGAGGGUGGUGACAGUCGAGGUGAUCACCAAAUUGAUGAAGCAGUUGCUAAGCCCGAGACACUCAAUACAAAUUUGGGUUCAGAUUUGGAUUUGGAUUUGGAUCUGGAUUGGAACGUCGGCUUAGCCUUCGAGUCCAAACCGGGUCUGGACACGAACGUGGAUUUCAGUGAUGUGGAUCGUGUGCCAGAGCAGUCAGCAAUGCAGCAGCCUAUGGGUCAACCAUACGGACCCGUCACGUCUGAGAUCAACUCCACUACACCUAAGGUAAAGCCCGUGGAUUUCAGCCUACUAGCAUCAGAGUUGGAUUUCUCCUCGGUCAUUUCAGAGGAUACAGCCCUAGGCAUAGACCUACCAGGCAUCUUUGCAGAUGCAACGGCAUCGGAGAAUACCAAAGCGCCAUCACCCGAUGUUAGCAAUCCUUCGAAUAUCGAUGGACAUGCGCAGGUAGAUCCGAAUUCGCCAACCUCUGCCACGGACGCAAAUGAGACCAUAUCAAACCAAGCACCACUCCACACACAGCAGGAACCAAGGCCAUCCCCACCACCCACACCCACAGCAGAGUCACAAUCGCAGCCACAGGUAGAGCAGACUGUAGAGGCAAACUAUUCUUUUCCGAAAGACCCCCUUUUAUACCCUCGCUUAGGUCGCCAGUCUUACACACAAGACCAAAAGCCAUUGAUCCCGACACCACCACCCAGCGCUCAGUAUCAGACGUAUGCCCAAUCAGAUACGACUAAUCUCGAGAGUCAGACAGUGGAGAGAAAGCCGACAGCAUUGGCCAAUCAAAUCAUCACGCCUCUAGCAGCUCCUUUGCCAUCCCUCGCUGUACACACACACCCGCAAGCGUCGGCUGACCCAACGCACUCUCAGUCGAGUGAAGUCCAGCCCACCUCCGAGGAAGGUGCACCGGGAUACGCAAAGGUGCCCUCGAGUGCGACAGAUUGGAACGCCACUGCGGGUAUUGUCAAGGAAGAGUGUGGCUUAGGAACAGAGACAUGGGCGGCGGCAUCUGCCGGUAAUGUACAUACAACUGAGAAUGUUUGGGGGGUCUCUGGAACUACCGAAGGAGUUGAAGCAAAAGAGCGUAACUGCGAAAGUAGUUCACCCCUCGAAGCCGAAUAUGGGCAGCGAUUAGACAUGAGGACAAAGUGGAGCUCAGGUGCAAUGCCAUCGUCGAGCUCAUCGUGCGUUGGUGCCUCCACUGAGAUUGCCAUUGUCAAAUUGGUGCCAAUGGAUCGUACAUGGCAGAUUAGUCGGACACUGCUGCAUCCUCAGGCACGUGUUUAA